CGUUAAAUAAUAUAAUUAUUAUUUAUGAAAUUAAUUAGACAUAUAAUAUAUGUGUGUCUAUUUAUAAAUUCUACAAUAUGACUUAUAAAAUAAAAUUGCAAAAAGUUUUUGGCGACCAUGGUUUCAAUAAAAAUGUGUUCUUAUAUUAUUGGAAGAAGGGGGUGCGCCAUAUUAUGGUUUGAAUGCAGCAGUUGCAUAUAAAAGCAGUGACAUUAAUUAUGGCAGACAGUGGAAAAAUGACAAUCAACGAAAGUGAAAAUGCCUGAAAAUAAACGACUUAAUUGAAAGGCAUGCUUAUUUACAUAAUAAAAAGGCAAAUGGUUAAAUGAUGAGACAUGCGCGAUGUUGUUUAGGAUUUAUGGGGAUGAAUUGGAUGCAGCAACGGUGCAGCUUAAUAAAUAUAUCGAGCUUGGCAUCACAGGAAGUUAUUUAUUUGGACUAAAGACAAUGUGAAGUAAAUGAGAGAUACUUUUUAUAAAGGAAAAUACUUUGCUUGGUUAAAGAAAUAACUGAUUUUUUAUAUGAAUACUGCCAGAUUGAGUAUCACUUGUCAUUAAUAAAGAAAAAAGGGGUUAAAGGAAUUGCUAUGUGUAAUACACCAGUGAAAACUUAAAGUAUUAAGUUGCUGAAUAUUCAACAUUUAUCUUGAUACUGUUAAAAACUAUGCAGUUAAAAAUGUAUUUAACAAGCUAUCAGAGCUCAAUCACAAAUAAUUCGAGAAAAAACUACACUCUUCAAAAAAAUAUUGAAAAAUAAGUUUCAACUUAGCUUAAAAAGUAUUUAAUAUGGAAUAUGCACAUAAAAGCAAAGAUAAUUUCGUCUCAGUACAUAUGCUUAAGAAGCUCCAGUUGCGCAAUUGACACUGCUUUACAAUACGUAUGAAGAAAACUGCGCACAGAUAUGCGCAAUAACAAAGCAGACAGAGUAGAAAAACAAUAAAAUUGAGGAACGAAUAGCAGCGGAGCGUAGAGACAUUUAAAAAAGAAACUUUAGUCUAACAGCUAUCAACAAAGAGGCGUGGGAAACAAAAAUUUGGAAAUAAAAGCCAAUUAAAAGAGAAGAAAUUAUAACUGAAUAAAAUCACAUUAAACGAAACAUAAAUUGGGGGCAGAUAAGUAGUUGCUGCGGAAGAUGUGGAGACUUCAAGUUAAUCCACGAGGAAUACAAAUGCGGUUUCUUUCAGAAACAUAUAAGUUUUUUGAAUGUAGAUCGUAUUUAAGAGUAAUAUAAGGAUUUUCUAACAAAUUUUAAUAAUCUAUUCCUUAUAUGAUCCCUUAUAAGAUGAUGUAUUCGAUAGUUUAAUAGAACAAAAUGAUACAAAAGCUUAUCCUCUGGACGUUAAAACACAGUUCUCACAUAAAAAAAUAAAACUGGCCCACUCACGGCAUAUAAACACACGCACGCUUUGAGGAUUCCAACCAGAGCUAAAACAAAGGGAAGUGACUUCAAAAAAACUUCGAAAACUCCCAACUUAUUACAGCGAAGCAAAGCGUUACAGCGUUAAACUUACAAAAAACAACAACAUUACUACACUGCUGAGAGCGAUGACUAAGCAAUGGCAGCAACAAUGCACAUACAAGUGGAGCAACAUGCGAGGCUGACAAGUUGUGAAUUUGGUAGCAACAAUGCUGACAAAUGUUGAAAGAUGAGUGAUUAAAAUGUCACUUGAAGUUGCGCAGCAGUUAGUCGCCGUGCGAUAAGCAGCACUCACAAAACAACAACAAGAAAACUGAAAAGAAAUAUAUAAAAACAGAAAAAAGGAGAAGAAAAGCUGUAAAAGAAGUAGAAAACUGCAAAUAAAGAACGGAAUAAAAAAUUUGGACGCAUGCAAUAGCAACCGAAAGCUGUAUAACAACAACAGCAAAGAAACGAUGAUGCCACAAGACAUCUUGCGAGCAAAAGCAACGCAAAAAGUUAGCAACAACACUUGCAUAUAGUAACGAACACAAAACUAAUAAAUUAACAACGACAAUCACUUCAUUCACAUCUAAAGACAUCAGUCACUGGCUGACUGACUGCUGCGCCGGCGCGUUGCUCAAGUAGAAUACGCUCAAAGCGGCCAACGACAGCCAGCAACGCUUGCGGCAAUGUAUGAAUGAAUAAAUGAAACUGUAAUAAAAAUAACAGCAACUACAACAUUACGUAGCAGCAGCAACUAGUGAUGGCGACAACAAUAACAAUAAAUUAUAGAACGGCAGUGAAAAUGUGUAGCGUGAAAAAAAUCGAAUUUCUAUUGAAACGCCGGAUUGGAGAUGGGUUGCGCUAACUGAAUUGGACAAGCUGAAAGACAGACGACCGGAUUCAGUUCAAUAGUCAUUGAAUAACUGACUGUUCGGUGUUGACAACAAAAAUUACAAUAACAACAAUAAGGAAUAGCGGUGCGGGUGAAGGCAGCAAAAAUGGAGUCCGAAGAAAUAACCAAAAUGGUGGACGGCGUUUAUAAGAACAUAUUAGAGAAGUUCAAUCCAGGUGCACGCCAACUCAUCUCCUCCGGCAAAGGUUAUUUGAAAGCUUUGCAUGGUGCUGCAUCUGCGUCACGCCUUUUCAAUGAAGCAUUAGCCAAGCUGGCAAUGAAUGCACAACAAAGUGGAACCAGCGAUAUUGGUGCGGCAUUGAUGAAUGUUGUGAGCGUUUACAAAGAAAUUCAAGAGCAACAAAUGAAUAUUUUGAAAGCUUUCUAUGUUGAUUUAUUGGUGCCAUUGGAAACAAAUUUGGAGAAGGAUACAAAAGUUGUGCAACAUGAACAAAAGAAAUUCUUACAACAGCACAAAGUACGCAUGGAGAGUUAUCAGAAGGCCGUUUCCACAAUGAAGAAACAGCGCAAGAAAAAGGCCAGUCCAGAGAAUACAGAAAAGGAGUUGAGAAAUUUACAAAUAUUGGAAGAUCAAAAGAAGAAGUUGGACGCAUUCUGCGAACAAAGCUACAAAAAUGCCAUGACACAGGAGCGCCGUCGGUACGGUUUCGUGCUUGAACGUCAAUGUUCCAUAGCCAAGCACUGGAUGGCCUAUCACAGCACUGGCAAGUUGGUAAUUGAUAACAAUUUGGAAAAUUGGCAAGAAAUUGCCGCUUCACGUGAAGUGAUACCAGCGGCGGCCGUAUACGAAGCGAGCGGUGGCGGUAGCUACGGCACUGCCAGCACCGGCAAAAGGAUGGAGCGGCUCAAAGAUGGCGAGGACAUGCAUGCUGUUGGCAAUUCGUCUGCUUCGCAGCUUAAGAAAUCACGCAGUGUGGACGCGCCCUACGGCGAUAUGCGAACCUUGCAUGAGAGUAAUGUCAGUUAUGCGCAAAACUCGUUGCCGCGCGCCAAAUCCGAUUUCAAUCUGACAACAACAACGAACUCGAACGAUCAUGUCGAUCACGGUCAGUGGGACCAACGUCCCGUCGUGAAGGCGCUCUACGCCUAUAUGCCUUCGGGUGAGAAUCAGCUGCCCUUCGAGGAGGGCGAUCGCAUAGCUAUGGUCGGCAGUAAGGCUAAAGGUUGGCAAUUCGGUGAGAAUUUACGCACGCAAAUGUUCGGUUGGUUCCCGAUCGCCUACACCAAUGCCGAGGGCACGGGCGAGCGUGAAAAGUAUCGCGCCAGCGAACGUCAUAGCGAACGUAGUAGCGAUCGUUAUGAGAAUGUGCAUUACGAGCGUAAUGGUGGUAUGCGCAGCAAUUAUCAUGAUCAAUAUAUGUCUGAGGCGCAUAUGGAUCCAGCCAUGGAGAGCGAUUCGACAUACCGCCGACGCAACAAUAGCGCCGAGGAAUCAUCGCCAACACGCAUGUUCGGUGACACUUUCCGGAAUCAAAAGAAGUACCGUGCAACAGCUGGCGGCAAUCCACGCCCCGGUCCACCACCAACACUGCCUGCACCAGUGCCAUCGAAUAGUCAGAGUCAAAGUGCCAGUCGUAUAUUGAAUACAUCGCAGAGCUUUUGUGGCGCUUCCAAUGGCAUACCAUCUGUGGUGGAGCGACGCAAGCAGCAUAAACUGCAGAAUGGCCCACAAGCCGCGCAUAAUCGUUCCAUUCUUUCCGCCAAACAACAGUCCACAUCGAUGAGCGCUGGUGGCAGUCAAAUGAAACCCGCCGCGGCAGCUAAGACUUCAUUGCAUAGCAGCAAUGACAGUGGCUUUGCCAAUGAGCCGCCACCACAACCUGAAGUCGACUACUCGGAUGAAGAACAAACGAGUCGUGUGCCAAUACGCCGUCGUGCCGAUACCAAUUCGCACGUCUCACGGGAUGUUGCUUCGUGGACAUUGAAUCGAAAUUUCCGUAACAGUGUCGAUAGUCAGAUCGAUGAUAAGAGCAUGCAUGGGUUGAGCCGACGCAAUACGAAGAUGCGUUACGAUCUUAUUGCCAGCGAUGAUGAAAUACUGCAAGCCUCUAGUAGUGGCAUUAAACGCACUAAAUCUUUUUGGAAAUUCGGUGGACGCCACGAAGACAUACUGGCUGGCAUGUCGCUCUGGCAGCAUCGGGAUCUAGUGGCGGCACCAAAUAUGGAAGAACUACGCACGGAUAGUCCACAGCAUAAAGAAAAUGGGCAUGUGGAACACGAAGAUGAUGCUGAAGGCGUACAAGAACGCGACCAGGAGCAUGGACGGGAGAAUACACGCAAUACAAACGAUAAGAACGGCACACUAACGAAGUCGCAUUCUAACAACUCAACAUCAUCGGCGGAGAAGUACCGCAACGACAGUGUAACCAGCAUGGAAGCAUACGAGGAUGAUGAGAAUAUAUAUGGCAUGAGUCCAGUGGUAAAACGCGAGAAUAUAAUUGUACAGAAUCGCAACUCGAUGCAAUCAAAUGCAACUACAAUGCGUGCCGAAUACACACCGAAAUCGCGCAUGAAAAUUAUGAAGACAAUCGAAAUCGACAUCGAAAAUCCAACAGAGAGCGAGCGCUUGAGCACAAUCAAGCGUGGACAAAAGGAAUAUCAGAAAGAAUAUCGCGAAAGCGCCGGUAUGAUGCCGCAAGUGAAUAUGAGUAUGCGCGCUAAUUCGCAUGCGCGUAAUGAACAUGAGAGUAAAAGCAAGCCUGGCAUGAGCAUGAGUGGCAUGCAGUCGUCGCGUAAUACGUUGAGCAACAACCAUAAGAAACAUCAGACGAACAACGUGGAUGCGAACACUGGCAAGCAUGCAAAUCUACAACAGAUGAAAUCGAAUGGCAGCGGCAGUCAGACGCAAACGCGUGCCAAACAACAAGAUUUUCCACACUCCACAGAGGAUGAGGAGGGCGACAGCGAUGACAAUGGCACACUCAAAAUGAGUGACGUUAACAACUUCUUCGACGAUAUCUCACAUGAGAACACCACUGGCGGCAUGAUUAUGAAAACAGUUAAGCGCAAGGAUAUACUGAAGCAAUACUACACCAGCGAGGAUGAGUCUGACGAUGUUGAGAUUAAAUCAACAAGCUCGGAUCCUUAUGACUGCAUUGUGAUCAACGAUCAUUUGGUGCGUAAGGAUGAGAAGCAUCGUCGUCAACUGCACAAUUCCUAUCAGGAGCACCAAAUGGAAUUUCAAACAUUUCGCGCGACCACAACAUCAGCCAUGCCACAAGGUAACAACAAGAAAAAUAAAAUGAAUGGCGUUGAACAACGUAAAGGCAGUGGUGUAGCAACGAGCGCUGGCAAGUCAAAGAAACAACAGGAGCUGCAGGACAACGAACGUGAGCGGGAACGUGAACGCUACAGCAUGAAUAACAGUGCCACGCUGACAAGAAACUCGAAUGCGAACGCGAAUGCGGCGCUGAACACACCGACUGCCACGAUACUGCCUCGCACGCGUCUCAUGAAAUCGAGUAAUAUGACAAGUAUGACUUUGGAGCGUGCGUCUAAAAAUAAAUCGCGCGAAAAUGGCCAUAUGAGUGGUGGUGGGGGUGGUAGUGAAAAAGACAAAAAUCAUUAUGGUAAAACUUAUGGACCGUGGUAUGAUUUUUGGGAUCAACAAGAUCAGCACACGCUUGUGAGCCAAAAGUCAAUGCAUAAUGGCAAAAUGUGAAAUAAUCACGUUUUGAAGCGUUUAAAUGAAGGGAUUUUUUAGCAAUACUCUUAUAUUGGUAUUGGUUGCAUAAAUGUAUACAUAUAUUACGUUGGUUAUUAGAAAUGAAAGCGUUAGACCGGUGGAAAAAGUGAUUAAUUUUUAAACAUAAAAUUUGUUAUGAAAAAAAAUUUUGCAACAUUGUUGCACAGCAUGCUGCCAAGCGUUUGUGCCUCAACAAUGUUGCACAAAAUGUUGCUAAGCGUUUGUGCUUCAAUUUUCACAUUUAUUUUUUUAUGCAUGUUGCCAGCAACAUUUUACAAAUACUCGAUAUCUAGAUAUUAGCAAACAAAAAUAGCAGUUAUAUUAUUAUAGUUACAGUUAACUCUAAAUCUCAAACAGAUAAUUUUCUAUAACUGUAUAUCUUGAACUCUUAGUUGUAUUUUUAUAUCCUAAACAAGGCAUAUUAAGUUUGCCUGUCUGUCUUUCCGUCUGUCCUUCAGUUUCACAGAUAUCGACCUGAUAUCCUGCACACGUGGUUUUCUCCCCAAGAAGCUGCUCAUUUGUUCGAGGGGCUGAUAUCGGACCACUAUAGCAUAUAGCUGUCAUAUAAACUGAAAAUUCAAAAUCACGUUUUUUUAAGGAAUCUUUUAUAUUUGUGAAGCCUAUUAUAGCUUCGUUACAACCGUUUUUUCUUGGUUUUCAUUCUUUACAGUUCGGUAUUGUGGUUAUUUCUAAUUCAUAUGUUGCUGGCAACAUUUUCUGAUAUUCGCUAUAUAUAUUAUAGCAAAGUAUAUAGUUUAUAUAACUCAGAAAGCAAUAUUUUGUAUCUAAUUUGUAUUUAAAUUUUGUAUCAAAUACGGAUAUCAAACCUAACUAAAAAACAUGCUCCGUUGCCACGAAACAUUCCGAAAUAUUCAGAUAAAUAUAUGCCAAUCACGAAUAAUACGAGAAAAUACCAUAAACAGCGUUGAGCGCCUAAAAUCAUCCCACGCAUAAAUGAUUACCUUUGCACAAAAGUUAAUUUUUUUUUAUUUACUUUUGGGUUUUAUUUUUUGCAACAAAAUCUUAUAUUGAUUUUCAUAGAAAUAGUGCUGGUCUGCUACUGAAUCAUCGUGCUAUCCAUCCAAAUAUUCAUAUACUUAUGCAUAUUUUGUUUGUGAGCCAUCUUAAAUGUUUUUCAUAAUUCAACGUUGCUUAAACUCACUCAUGUAAACACAAAAAUAUUUUCAAAUCGAUCUGUAAGCUAAAUGUUGCUAACAUGUAUUUUCAUAUAACAAAAAAUAUUAAAUUCCAUUUUAACUUCAACAUUUACUUUCAUUGGUAUAAAUUUUCAUCCCUGCAUGAGUACUUGCCAUCGCUGUCAAAUAAACCUAAAUUCGUUUAUCUAAUGUGCGCUUAUUUCACAAAUAAUUGGCUAUACAUUUAGCAGCAACAUAAACUAAACCCUUUUUGAAUUUUUUAUAUUUCCUUUUUCUAUGUGUAUUUCUAGAAAGGGUGGUGCCUACCGCAACAUUUACAUAGACUUCUAGACCAAGUAAUACAUAAACUGUUAACACACACACACACA